CCCUUCUGUCCAAGUAUACCACGUCCACCACCACCCCUCUGUCCAAGUAUACCACGUCCACCACCACCCCUCUGUCCAAGUAUACCACAUCCACCCCUCUGUCCACGUAUACCACAUCCACCGCCUCCCCUCUGUCCAAGUAUACCACGUCCACAGCCACCCCUCUGUCCAUGUAUACCACAUCCACAGCCACCCCUCUGUCCAAGUAUACCGUCCACGUCCACCGCCACCCCUCUGUCCAAGUAUAUUACGUCCACCACCACCCCUUUGUCUAAGUAUACCGCGUCCCCCGCCACUCCUCUGUCCAAGUAUAUUACGUCCACCGCCACCCCCCUCUGUCCAAGUAUACCACGUCCACCACCACCCCUCUGUCCAAGUAUACCACGUCCACCGCCACCCCUCUGUCCAAGUAUACCGCGUCCACCGCCACCCCUUUGUCUAAGUAUACCACGUCCACCGCCACCCCUCUGUCCAAGUAUACCACGUCCACUGCCACCCCUCUGUCCAAGGCCCCGUGGGUGUAUGCCAUCCGGUCCAGGGGCUUUAUUCACC